AAGGCGAGGGCCGCCUAAAAAGAAACCGAGUUUAUAAUGGGUUUAGCCCCGCGUGUUACACUCUGCUUUUCACUACGAUUGCGAGAAAAUAAAAUAGUUUAGUUCAAUAUUCAAUGAUUUAUUUUAAUUGAAAAUUAAUUGUACAAAGUCUACAACUUUGGAUAUUAAGGGAGAUGCUUUUACCCGGUAACAUAAUUUCCGACUCCUAUGAAGAUGAAUAAUGAGUAUGUGAGGUAAAUGUGGGAAAUAAUGGUUUAAAAAACUCCUUUCGUUGUGUGUGUGAAUCCAUUCGUUGUUGUUUUCACCACUUAUUAAAUUUUUCGUAGGUAUUCGUAGGUAAGUAUUUAAGUAAAUGCGUCUCGACCUUGAUGGUAUCAGAUUGAAAAUUUCAUCCAUCUCCAAAUUAGGAUCACCGUUCUCACUAGAUGAAGACAACAAUAACAAUUAUUGUUGAAAAAUAUGUAAGUUACAGACAAGAAUUAAAAAAACAAAAUUACUUUAGCCCCUAGAGGCUGAAAUGCUUGUUUAGCCCCGCUGUGGAGUGGUAAUAUGACAGUGUUUUUGAGCAAGAGUAGUGAAAAAUAAUAUUAUUUUGUACAAACUUUUGAAGUCACUGAAGUAACUAAUAAUCAUUUAAAACUAUAACUGGAUUUCAAAACACAACAACAAAUAGAAAACAUAACUUAAUUAUUCCAAAAUGUAGCAUGCAUUUUUGACAAGUUAACAAUAAAUUUCCUCUUUUGAGCGUCUCAUUUUUCACGCGCAUAACACAUCCAACAGUGUUUAAUAUCAUUGGAUGAGGGUUUAUAUUUCUAAUACCGGAUCUUAAACUAAUAUAUUAGUUUAAGUUAGGUGCAAACAUUAAAACAUACUUAGUUCACUACUACAAUCCAAACGUGCUAGUUGGCACGAAGAUUAUGUAAACGUGCUAGUUGGCACGAAGAUUAUGUAAUUUUUUUUAUUAGUAAAGUGUUUAUUGUGCAAGUGAUUUUUGUGAUGUUAGAUAGCCCAUUUAACGAGGAAGGCUAUAGGCUAUAUAUUAUCCCCAUACUCCUACGGAAACGGGAACCACGAGGGUGAAACCGCGCGGCUUCAGCUAGUAUAUUUAUAAAGAUAAACCAUAAUGAUAAAAUUGGUGCACAUUGUCUGUCUAUCACUAAUGUUAGUGACAACUAACCAGCAGCAAAGAACCCUUGGAAAAUUCCAGGAAAUAUUCGCCUGGAAACAGCUGACUUAUUACAUUAAUGGAAUACAAUUACUCCAAGAUCGAUUUUCGGAAGACAUUGUAGAUCGAUCGAAACGCCAAGCGGAUCGGCUUAUAUUUAGUGAUGAUUUACCCAGUGAAAAUAGCACUUGGAAUGAAGGACCAGAUAACGACAGACCAAUAUGGCAGGCGACCACCCAGAGUCCUUUUGUAAACCCAGAUGAGGAAGCUGGUAGAUUCUUCAUCCAAUACAACAACUUACCGAUGGGAGUAGAGAGAGUGGCUGACCGCCUGUUCAUAACUGUACCACGGCGAAGAUAUGGUAUCCCCUCAACAGUCAACUAUAUCUCUCUCUCCCGCGACGGUAGGAGUCGCUCGCCAGCACUACGACCGUACCCUGACAUCGCUCGCGCGCGGUCACUGGCCUCUGUGUACCGGACCAGGGCUGACACCUGUGGAAGACUCUGGAUGGUUGAUACUGGCUUGAUGGAGAUACCUGGAAAUCCACAGCAGAUACAGCCUCCAGCGAUUGUCAUUUACGACCUAUCUACCAACACCCAGAUUUUAAGAUAUCCAUUCAAGAGUACAGACAUACCAGCAGCAAACACUCCCACAGGCCUCGCGUCCAUAACGGUGGACAUCACGGGGCCUUGCGACGAGGCCUUCGCCUACGUGCCCGACCUGACCACCUACGGACUGAUAGUGUAUUCGAUGCUCGACAACAACAGCUGGCGGGUCACUCACAACUACUUCCAUUUCAACCCCUUGGCUGGAAACUUCAGGAUUUCUGGUGAAAACUUCCAAUGGAGCGACGGCAUAUUCAGCAUAACCCUGACGGAGCCAGAAGCUGACGGCUGCAGGACUGCCUACUUCCACCCCAUGGCCAGCACCCAGGAGUUCUCCGUCUCCACCUGCGUGCUGAAGAACAGCUCCCUCAGCAGCAUGAGCGACUACUAUAGACUGUAUUCUUACGUCGGCAACCGUGGGGAAGGCAGCCAAUCGACAAUGCACGGCUACCAUGCCAGAAGCAGCGUGAUAUUCUUCGCUGAGAUUGGCAGAGAUGCCAUAUCCUGCUGGAAUACUGGCACAGCGCUCAACCCUGCCAACAUCGCCAUACUUGCCAGGGACAGGCAACGGCUAAGUUAUCCAUCAGAUCUGCACGUCAGUAACGACGAAGUAUGGGUGAUGUCCAAUACACUACCCAGAUUCGGAUAUUCCAGACUUGAUACCAAUGAAUACAACUUUUAUAUUUACAGAGGAAUUGUCAAUGACCUGAUCUCCGGGACGGUGUGCUCGACGUUGCCAUUCUAUAACUAAUAAAUUCACAAUAUUUUUACGAGA